AUGCCUCCAAAGAGCUCCAAGGCGGGCGACGGCCUCGACUACAAGGCCAUUGCAAAGCAGUUUGCAAAGGCCAAGGCGGCCAGGGAGGCUCGGGAGGCCCGGGAUGCUGAGGCCAAAGAAAAGGGCCUGCCGACAGAGAAAGAGCAGACGGAGAUUCUGGAGCGGCAGCGCGAACUGCUCAACAACAAGAGGCAGAAGGCCUACGAGCGGCGCUGGUGGUGGACGGCCGCCUUCUGGACGUGGCUGCUGGCCGUCCAUGGCAUUGGCAUCUGGCUGUUUGCCAGCGGCUUCCUGCUGACGAGGCUCGUGCUCGACGACAAAUCCAGCUGUGCCGCGCCGCCGGUCGAGGGUCUGGCAGUCGGCCAGGCUGCGCUGGAUGUGAACAAGGGAUGCUGGCAUCCGAAGCAGUUUGACCGGGCCGUGGUGAUUCUGAUUGAUGCCCUGCGCUACGACUUUACCGUUCCCGAGGAUCCGGCGACGGCGCAUGCCUUCCACAACUCAUUCCCCUUCCUGUACGACACGGCAGUCAAGGCGCCCCAGAAUGCGUUUCUACGGCCCUUCAUUGCCGACCCGCCGACGACGACGCUGCAGAGGCUCAAGGGCCUGACGACGGGGACGCUGCCGACGUUUAUCGAUGCGGGGAGCAACUUUGCCGGAACCGCCAUUGACGAGGACAAUUUGCUGAUGCAGCUGAGGGACUCGGGCAAGAAGAUUGCGCAUCUCGGAGAUGAUACCUGGUGGUCCUUGUUCCCUGGUUAUUUUGAGCCCAACAUCAGCAAGGCGUACGAUAGCUUCAAUGUCUGGGACCUGCACACUGUCGACAAUGGCGUCAUUGAUAACAUUUUCCCACUUCUGGAGUCGUCCAAGGAAAACCAAUGGGAUCUGCUCAUUGGCCACUGCCUGGGCGUUGACCAUGCUGGACACCGUUACGGGCCUGAUCACUCUGCCAUGACGGCUAAGCUGCAGCAGAUGAACGAAUUCAUCACCAAAGUUGCGGGAUCCAUUGACGAUGAUACCCUUCUGAUUGUUAUGGGCGACCACGGCAUGGACGCAAAGGGUGACCAUGGAGGAGAGAGCGAUGAUGAGGUUGAGGCCGCCCUGUGGAUGUACUCGAAGCGACCCUUUUUCGGCAGAACGUCACCUGAAUUUGCCGUCCCGCCGGCCAAUGCCAAAAUUCGCCCCGUCAACCAGAUCGAUUUGGUGCCGACUCUUGCGCUGCUUUUGGGUAUCCCUAUCCCAUACAACAACCUCGGAAAGCCGAUUGAGGAGGCUUUUGCGGGACAGAAAGGCAAUGACUGGGCCAACCUGGCUGCUGUUUCGCGGCUUGCAUCUGCUGGAAUCGAGAGAUACCGACAGUCGUACUUUGGCGCCCGUGGCAUUUCGCAGACGAAGGAGCCGGGUUCUCCGGCUGCUCUAUGGGUAGCGGCCAAUGCUGCUGGGCUGGGCCACAAGGACGCUUACAAUGCCCUUACGGAAUUCGAAAAUGAGACUCUACAGGUCUACAAGGGGCUGUGGGCUCGGUUCGACGUGCCUAGGAUGGUGGCGGGCGUGUUUGUUACUGCUGCUGGACUUGUGAUGCUGGUCAUGUAUUCGUCGAGGCCUGCAGACGAGGAGUUUGUCGUGGCCAACGAUGCCGAGCUUGACUAUGCUGAGAGGCGGCUGGAGCUCAUGAAUCUCAAGCACGAGGACCAGGAGGAGCACCCGGACCAGCACCUCCACCGGAAUCUCUUGGGCGGAUUGGCCGAUGCCCGAGUGCUCUUCGUUGUGGGAGUCUUGAUUGCCGUGGGAUUGUACCGCAAGCAACCGUUGGAUGGCCUCGCAGCUCUGGUAGUUACGCUCUUGAUUACUGGCGUCAUUUCCGCACUAUCUACCUCUGGCAGGACCAUCCUCAAUAUCCUUCCGCGCACGUUCUGGGGUUGGUUGUCUGUUGUUCUCACUCUUAGCCACUCUAUUGGGUUCGCCUCCAACUCGUACACCAUCUGGGAAGACUCCAUCCUCCUGUUCUUCAUUGCGACGUUUGGUGUGGCUGCUCUGAUAUCCUCGUUCCGCAUCGAAUCAAAGGUGGACCGCACAAUGGCCAUCUAUCACACAGUCAUAUUCAUCAUCAUUGGGCGGCUGGCGUCGUACUCGAAGCUUUGCCGCGAGGAGCAGAUGCCCUACUGCACCUCGACCUACUAUUCGUCCGUUACGUCUUCUACCUCGGCCCCUUGGCAGCUUGUCAUUCCUUUUGCCGUCUUCCUCGUCCUUCCCGACGUUAUCAAGGCUUUCCUCAUGCCUUCCAAGUCAUACGAGGGCCUUGCUCCCACAUGGAUCGGAUACGCCUUCCGUGGCGGCCUCUUCCUCUCCGCCUUGUACUGGACCAUUGAUGCCGCCAACAACGGCGGGUGGCUCGCCGACAGGUUGUCCGAGAGCACCCUCAAGUCAGCUGGUGUCUAUUUGGCCCAGGUGAUCCUGGCGCUGUCUCUCAUUGCCGGAUCGACGUCGUUUGCCUGGGCGCCGCCAAACAUCUCCAUCCUAUCUACGUCAGCCAAGACGGGACAGCUCGUGACGAUUCUGGGAUACGGCAAUGCCAUGGGCGCUCGCUAUCUCUUCCUGCCGCUCAACUUCCUCGCCGCGUGCAUCCUCGUCACCAAGCCCAUGGGAUCAGGUGCUCUGGCGCUCAUGAUGUGGCAGAUUCUCUGCUUGGCUGAGAUUAUCGAUCUCAACCAGCUCAAGGGCGAAUCCAUCGGCCCCGUCAUGCUCGCCAUCCUGGGCAACUUUUACUUCUUUAAGACGGGCCACCAAGCCGUCCUCUCCAGCAUCCAGUGGGACAGCGCCUUCAUCCCACUCUUCUCAAUCCGCUACCCAUGGUCCCCCCUCGUCGUCGCGCUCAACACCUUUGCAGGCCAGAUCCUCGCCGCCGUGUCCGUGCCGCUCAUCGUGCUGUGGAAGGUCGGCCCCAAGCAGCGCGGCGUGCUCGAGACGACGGCCCGCGCGCUGGGCGUCUUCGUGGCGUAUUUCGCGGUCGAGGCCCUGACUACGAUGAGUUGGGCGGGCUGGCUGAGGCGGCAUUUGAUGCUGUAUCGCGUGUUUUGCCCGCGGUUCAUGCUUGCUGCCUUGUUGUUGCUGGCGAUGGACUUGGUGGGCAUUUUGGUGGCGCUGACGGGAGUGAGGAGUAAUACCUUGGCGGUGUGCGAGGUGUUUGGAUGGGCGGAGUAG